AUGGCGGCGACUAUGCGCCCGGUACCGCCGCGGACGAAGCGGGCGCGAGGCAGCGGGUCGCAGUCUCCCGUGGCGGGACCCAUGCCCGUGCCGUAUUCUGCUACCGCUGCUGCUGUUACUGCUGCUGUCGCUACUGCGAUGGGGCCUGCUGCGGUGGCGCCUGGCGGUGCUCUAGGGGCGUUGGGUAACUCGAGUUUUUUGCCAUCCAGUGGGGUGUCGACACCUGUCAUGGCUCAGUCGCCUGCGCGAGGGCCAGUGGCGUCUGUGGUGGUGCCCAUUCCCCAUGCGCAGGUACCGGCUCAGGUGCCUAGCCAGGUGUCUGUUCAAAUGCCCAGCCAGGGGCACGUCCAGCCGCUCUCGCAGCAGCAGCAGCAGCAGCAGCAGCCGUCGCAGCAGCAGCAGCAGCCUCAAAUAGCAGGAGCGGUGCCGCUACUAGGUGCCCAGACGGGUAUGCAAGCUCAUGGCCAAGGCCAAGCUCAAACCCAGUCGCAGCAAUUGCUGCUGGUUCCGUCUCAGUACCAGCAGCAGGCGGGGCUGCAACCAACUCAGGCUCCCGUGCAACAGCAGCAACAGCAGCAGCAACAACAGCAGCAGCAGCAGCAGCAGCAGCAGCAGCAGCAGCAGCAGCAGCAGCAGCAGCAGCAGCAGCAGCAGCAGCAGCAGCAGCAGCAGCAGCAGCAGCAGCAGCAGCAGCAGCAGCAGCAGCAGCAGCAGCAGCAGCAUCAGUUCGCUCUCAACAGAGGCGGUGGCUCAGACCCUCCUGCGUGCUGCUCAGCACCUGACUCAACCUCGCCUUACCUCUCCGAGCCCCUCUCCCUGACACCAGCACUCCCAGCAGAGGUGGUGGCACAGACCCUCCUCAGGAGCGUGCGGGUGACAGGAAUCGUGGACGGGCGCUUUGAGUUUGGCUCCCACGCCUGUGUCAAGAUCGGCAGUCACAUGCGCAUCAUAAUGCAAUCUCACUCAACCCCGUUUCAACCCUCCCCACUCCUCUCCCUCAUACCAGCACUCCCAGCAGAGGUGGUGGCACAGACCCUCCUCAGGAGCGUGCGGGUGACGGGCAUUGUGGACGGGCACUUUCACUCAACCCCUCCUCACCCCUCUCAACCCCUCUGCCCCACACCAGCACUCCCAGCAGAAGUGGUGGCUCAGACGCUCCUCAGGAGCGUGAGAGUGACGGGAAUCGUGGACGGGCACUUUGAGUUUGGCUACCACGCCUGUGUCAAGAUCGGCAGUCACAUGCGCAUCAUAAUGCAAUCUCACUCAACCCCGUUUCAACCCUCCCCACUCCUCUCCCUCACACCAGCACUCCCAGCAGAGGUGGUGGCGCAGACCCUCCUCAGGAGCGUGCGGGUGACGGGCAUUGUGGACGGGCACUUUGAGUUUGGCUACCACGCCUGUGUCAAGAUCGGCGGGCACAUCUUUAAAGGGGUGCUCUAUAACGCGGGCAUUGACCCCAACCCGUCCCAGCCCCUGCCUGGUUGCUCUGGAUCGAUGGCUACUGGGGGACUGCUACUCGGCACAGUAGCUCCUUCCACUCCCCAACGUGCUGCCGCCCCAACCCCCUCCCUCGCCACGCCUCUCUCCAUCCCCCCCGUGUCAGCAUCAGCCGCCGCCGCAGCAGCAGCUGCUACUUCCGGCAGUCUUCCUCUUUCUGCUGCUGCCUCUCCUUCCUUAGUCGCUAAAACAGGCUCGCCGUUACAAGUCCCCAGGCUAGGCUCGGCCUUACUAGUCCCGAGGUUCAGAGUACCUGUGGCAGCAGCGGCAGCAUCACUGCAGGGCGAAUUCGCGGAGGUGGACAGGAUGGUGGCGGUGAACCUGAAGCGGGUUCUCGAUGCCUUCGCCUCUGCACGCGUGGGACGACAUCAUUUCAGUGGCACCACAGGGUACGGUCACGGGGACGCAGGAGGCAGAGAGGCGCUUGAUUCGACCUUUGCUCGGAUCGUUGGGGCCGAGGCAGCGUGUGUGCGCGCACAGCUGCUGUCAGUGGCAGGGGCGCCAUAUGAUACGAUGGAGGAGGUGAUUGGGCUCAGAGGCACGCCGGGGCACGGGUCGUUGAGGGAGUUUGGGGUGUCGUACCGACAAAUUGAGUUGACAGCAGAGGGCGGGCUGGACUGGGAUGCUCUAAGCACACCAGGGGCGGUGGCAGAGCGCACGCGCUGUGUGCUGGUGCAGCGCUCGUGUGGGUACUCGCUAAGAGAGACACUUACAGUGGAGCAGAUCGGGCAGAUUGUGGAAGUAGUGAAGGCUCAGAACCCAUCGUGCGUUGUUGUGGUGGACAACUGCUAUGGGGAGUUCAUUGAAGAGAGAGAGCCGACCCACGUGGGCGCAGACCUUAUAGCGGGGAGUCUUAUAAAGAAUCCAGGAGGGACGAUUGCCCCCAGUGGGGGGUACGUGGCUGGGAGGACGGAUCUGGUGGAGGCUGCUGCUGCUAGACUGGCUGCUCCUGGCAUCAAUGACAGGCGAGGCCAUCAAGGUGAGGGGAGGGGGGCACGAGGAAGGUGGGUGCACGAAGGCAUGAAGGGCAGUCUACUCGUGGCAGAGGUGAUGGCGAAUGAAGGGUUUGCCGUUCACCCCCAGCCCCGGGCACGGCGGAAAGACAUCAUCCAGGCCGUCAUUCUCUCCUCAUCCGCGCGCCUCGUUGCCUUCUGCCAAGCCGUUCAGCGGCGGUGCCCCGUUGGAGCUUACAUCAAGCCAACAGCAGGAGUCACAGCGGGAUACGAGUCUGAGGUGGUGUUUGCCGAUGGAACCUUCAUUGAUGGCAGCACCAUCGAGCUCUCCUGCGAUGGCCCCCUCCGUCUUCCAUUCGCUGUCUUCUGCCAGUUCGGAGUCAUGUGGGGUUUCUACAGUGGUGUCACUGAUCCCAGAGAAUUCUCUCCCCUCUUCCGCGUCGCUCAUGUGACUGGCUCGGCAAUUGGGGAUGGUGUGAAAUUUGGUGCACUGGCUGCUCUCUUCUCGGGAACCAGAUGUGCCUCUCAGCACGUGAGGGGUCAAGAUGACUGGGUUAAUUCAAGUGUAGCUGGUGCGAUAUCAGGCACUGUAGUGGCCGCUACAGUGGGCCAACGAGGAUGGACUCUCCUACAAGCGGCUGCACUUGCAGCUAUAGUAGCAGGAGCAGCAGAUAGUUCAGAAAAGAUGGCUCUCUCCCUCAAGCAGGCUCUGACCGUCAGCAGCUCCGAGUUCUGCGGCAAGGCUAUCCGCCAGGCCGCUGCUCCCCAGGCUGCCAAGAAUGUCUCCUUCACCGUCCGCGCCGGCGGAUACGAGGAGGAGCUCGUGAAGACCGCUAAACACAUUGCCUCCCCCGGCAAGGGUAUCCUCGCCAUGGACGAGUCCAAUGCCACCUGCGGUCUUCGUCUCGCCUCCAUCGGCCUUGAGAACACCGAGGCUAACCGCCAGGCGUACCGCACCCUGCUCGUCGCCACCCCCGGCAUCGGCGAGUACGUGGCCGGUGCCAUCCUCUUCGAGGAGACCCUCUACCAGAACACCGUUGACGGCCAGAAGAUGGUCGAUGUCCUCUCCAACGCUGGCGUUCUUCCCGGCAUCAAGGUCGACAAGGGUCUUGUGCCCCUCGCCGGCUCCAACGACGAGUCUUGGUGCCAGGGUCUUGACGGCCUCGCCUCCAGGACCGCUGCCUACUACAAGCAGGGUGCUCGCUUCGCCAAGUGGAGGUCCGUCGUCUCCAUCCCCAACGGUCCCUCUGAGCUCGCCGUGCAGGAGUGCUCGUGGGGUCUGGCUCGCUACGCCGCUAUCUCCCAGGACAGCGGCCUCGUCCCCAUCGUCGAGCCCGAGAUCCUCCUCGACGGCGCUCACGGCAUUGACAGGACCCUGGAGGUUGCCUCCAAGGUGUGGGCCAAGACCUUCUACUACCUGGCUGAGAACAACGUCAUGUUCGAGGGUAUCCUCCUGAAGCCUUCCAUGGUCACCCCCGGCGCGGAGUGCCCCACCAGGGCCACCCCCGAGCAGGUCGCUGAGUACACCCUGAACAUGCUCAAGAGGCGCGUGCCCCCUGCCGUCCCCGGCAUCAUGUUCCUGUCCGGCGGCCAGUCCGAGGUGGAGGCCACCCUCAACCUGAACGCCAUGAACCAGUCCCCGAACCCGUGGCACGUGUCGUUCUCGUACGCCCGCGCUCUCCAGAACACGGUGCUGAAGACAUGGAAGGGCCAGCCCGAGAACAUCGAGGCUGCUCAGACCGCUCUGCUCAUCCGCGCGAAGGCCAACUCCUUGGCCCAGCUCGGCAAGUACUCCGCUGAGGGUGAGGCUGAGGAGGCCAAGCAGGGCAUGUUCGUGGCUGGCUACUCCUACUAA